ACAAAGAAUCUCCCGCGGCCCGAAGUUUUUCGAGCACUCCCGCCAUGAAUCAGCCUUCGAUUAGCGCCCUUAUCGGGACGUUAUCAGAUAAGAUGUGGUCGAAUGGGGGCUCGGGGGGUCUUGGGGGUGUUUUGUCGUUAAUUGCUGGGAGAUUUUACGGGAGAUUUGGGUCGCUGAUGACGCUCGGGUGGCGGUUCGUGUGGACUUCGGGCCAAUCGAGCUGUCAGGGAGUUGUUGAGUGAAAAUCCGAGCUGUCAGGGCGAGAGGUUAGUUUUUCAGGCAGACAAAUCAUCUUUGGGGCGCGUUUUCUGAGCACUGAGAGGGCGGAAUCCCACAGCGAGACAGUGAAGUGAUUGCGUGCGUGCGAGGGACAGUCAGGGUACAGGACAGAGAUGCAGGCUAUCAAGUGUGUGGUCGUGGGCGACGGAGCCGUGGGUAAGACCUGCCUCCUCAUCAGCUACACCACGAACGCCUUCCCGGGCGAGUACAUCCCCACCGUGUUCGACAACUACUCCGCCAACGUGAUGGUGGACGGGAAGCCCAUCAAUCUGGGCCUGUGGGACACAGCCGGACAAGAGGACUACGACCGCCUCCGGCCGCUGUCCUACCCACAGACGGACGUCUUCCUCAUCUGCUUCAGCCUCGUGAACCCGGCCUCGUUCGAGAACGUGCGCGCCAAGUGGUUCCCGGAGGUGCGUCACCACUGCCCCAGCACUCCCAUCAUCCUCGUGGGCACGAAGCUGGACCUUCGCGACGACCGCCAGACGGUGGAGAAGCUGCGCGACAAGAAGCUGGCGCCCAUCACUUAUCCGCAGGGCCUGGCCAUGGCGAAGGAGAUCGGCUCGGUGAAGUACUUGGAGUGCUCCGCCCUCACCCAGAAGGGCCUCAAGACCGUCUUCGACGAGGCCAUCCGCGCCGUCCUCUGUCCAGUCCUCCAGGUCAAGUCCAAGCGGAAGUGCGUCCUUCUCUAAGGCGCGCCUCGCCACGCCCGCCGGACAGCGCACACUUCUAAUCAUCUAACUUAAGGUAAUAUCAACAUUUUACCCACAUUAUUUCUCAAUUAAUCCCCGCGCGCGCGACCCAAAAUGCAUUGACAGAGAGGCAAAUCAGUAUCACAGCAUCCCCAUUGUCUAAGUAAGUAACAUGGAUACAAUUUUAUAUUAAAAGAAGUAGUGAAGAAAAAAAUACACCUUUUUUAUCUCCGAAAAAAAAGGCGCAAGAGCAUUAUUUUUAUUCAUGGUAAUAAUACAAUAAAAGUGUAAUUGAUGUUGGACAAAUUGUAUCGAGGGAAAUGCAAAUUAUGUUGAAUGUUAUGACUAAUAAAUGAAAUGAUAUUGAGAAUA